AUUCUCCUUCCUUUCGUGGUCUUUUCAAUUCAUCGCUUCGCUCUCUCUCUCUUUUUCGCGUUAUUUUCUUCUCAAAAAUCAGCAAAACCUCUCCCCCUUCCCCCUCCCCCCGCCAUCUCCUCUCCUUCUCUCUCGGUCGCAUCGAAUCCUCACUCGCCGUCUCUCUUUCUCCGUCUCGCUGAGCAAGCACCUAUACAUCGUUGCUUCUUGUUUCCUUGUGAUUCGUGCUCAUGAUCCUUCUCGCUUUCGAGCGCUGAAACGAAAACCUUCACCGCUAACCCUAACUCACCAACACUAAUUCCAUUCCCUCUAUUCUCAAGACUCAGCCGUUUGACCUAAAACACAGAAUUAGUUAACCAUAUCUAAGGUUCUGUAAGUUCCUUCUUGCUGAUGGUUUAAUCCAUAGAGGCACUGCAUAUGCUUAUACUGCAACAGAUUUUACUUUAAUGCGUAUAUAUACUUGUAGGUUAGAGGGUGCUGCUUUUGUUGAGAUGAGUUUGCAACAGGCUGCACAACCCAAAUUUUAUGCCAAUGGUCGUCGAAGAGCUGAGAGGGAAGGGGGGGCAAGGUUGGACAAUAAACUGCAAUCUGGAAGAUCAAGUUCGAAUAAACCAAUGGUUGGUGGCAAAGUUGGAAUGUUUGGGAGUCCCUCUCGUGAUCGGCUUGUAUAUUUGUCGACAUGUCUCAUUGGGCAUCCUGUGGAAGUCCACCUGAAAAAUGGAUGCAUAUAUUCUGGCACAUGUUAUACAACAAAUGUUGAGAAGGAAUUUGCAAUUGUUCUGAAAAUGGCUCGCUUGAUCAAGGAUGUUUCUUUUCGAGGGCAGAAAGCAGAAAAUCUUAGCAAGCCUCCUUCAAAGUCUUUAAUUAUACCUGGCAAAGAAGUUGCGCAAGUGAUUGCAAAGGAUGUGUCCGUAACCAUGGAUGGGAUGAACCAGGAGCUCCACUGUGAAAAGCAGCAUGAGCUUAUGAUAGACUCCUUUAUAUCACAAUCCUGUAAUGUUGAAGUGGAGAGACAGCUGGAACCGUGGGUCCCUGAUGAAGAUGAACCACAGUGCCCUGAACUAGAGAAUAUAUUUAAUGGCCCUUGGAAUAGGGGCUGGGAUCAAUUUGAGACAAAUGAAAUGCUAUUUGGAGUAAAAAGCACCUUUGACGAAGAAAUUUAUACUACAAAACUUGAGAGAGGCCCUCAGAUGAGAGAGUUGGAGAAAGAAGCUACAAGAAUAGCAAGAGAAAUUGAGGGUGAGGAUACACAAGACCUUCAUUUAGCUGAGGAAAGAGGCAUCCACCUUGAUGGAAAUUUUGAUAUUGAUGAAGAGACCAGAUACUCUUCUGUAUAUAGAGGUAUAGGGAUUGACGAUAGUGGAUAUGAUGAAACUGAGGAUAUAAUGUUUGAUUCCCACAAUAGUGAAACCUUUGGAGCUGCAUCUGCUUCUUACACUAAUGAGUCUGCUGAUUUGACCCAUGGGAGAAGUAAUGAAGUAGUUCGAGUUUUAUCAAGUUCUUCCCUGGAUGAGGCACAAUGUUCUCAGUCAUGUACUGUUGCAGAUUGUCAUUCAGGUUCCUAUGAGUAUGCUAGACAGCCGGCAUCUGAGAGUCCUUUUAAAAGUUUCUCUAUCUCAGAAUGUGAAAACAGGAUCCAAGAGAAUCUUCAUGGUGAACAUGGAGGAAAUGACAAUGUGGAGUUAGUAGAAGAGCGAACUGUUGAGGGGGCUCAAUUGCCAAGACAUGCGGUAGAUCCUCUGUCAUUGAAUGGAAAGAAAAAUGGCUCUGAUAAAGGAACGCUAUCCCCAAAUGCAACUGCCUAUGCUCCAUCAAAUGUUUCUUCAGAAAGUUAUGAGAAGACAAGUUCUUCUGCUCAACUGCCAGAAGGUGCGCCAUCUCUCAAAGGAGCUCGAGAAGUGCAACCUUCAAACUCCCUUGGACGACCUGGCAGUUCUACGUCAUCAAAUUCUGAUUGUAUUGGUGCUGUCUCAGUUUCCAAUAAUCCUGGUUUAUCGCCUAGCUCAUCAAUGGGUUCAUUGUCUUCUGAGAAGUUGACAUUAAAUCCCCAUGCUAAGGAAUUCAAACUAAAUCCCAACGCCAAGAGUUUCAUGCCUUCUCAAACUUCUGUUAGGCCUCCAUCACCCGAUGGUUCCUUCUAUUUUCACCCUAAUGUUUCUUCUCUACCACAAAUACAUGGCAUGCCUAUGGGAAUUGGAAUUGGACAAUCAUUUACUGGCCAUCAGCCAGUUAUAUUUAAUCCACAGGUUGCAUCAUUGCAAACUCCACAAGCAUAUUUUCAUCCAGGUGGACCUCAGUAUGGACAAAAUAUGCUUCUUGGUCAACCUAGGCAAGUCUUGUAUGUGCCAAGCUACCAACCCGAAAUGCAAUACAAAGGACGAGAGUUCUAGUAAUCUGACGACAUUCUUGGCAGUUGCACUCUGCUCGCAAGGAAUAAACUUCUGAGAGGCUGCUUGGAAUAAUUUUCCGGGGAUCUAAGCCUGGCAGUCCAUGAAGAUCUAUAGGUCUGGACCCCUAUUUGUGCCCGGGCGCAGUUGACCAUUUCUGGGAUAUAUAAUUCUUUUUUUUUUUUUGGAAAAAAGAAACUUUCCUGUAUGCUUUCAUUUAUAUCAUGACUGGAUUUUUCAUCUUUCUUUCAACCAGUAGUGUUUUAACAGUGACUUCUUUAACUUGAUAAAAGUAGUUAUUGGAUGCCGGUUUGCCUUA